AUGUCCUCCUAUCAACUUACCCCCGACGACCUCGACAUAUCCACCGAGAUCACACCGGCCAUUCGGGCGGCUCAAAAUCCCAAUCCCGCUGUUCUACAGGCGUUAUUGGACUAUUACACGUCCGAGCUGCCUCACGUCGCGCAUCUCGCCCCCCGAGACCGCGGCGGCCUCGAGCAAUGCUCACCCAACGCCGACAUCACCGGCGCUAUUGACUGUGUCUACGAGUCCCCACUAACCGCAGCUAUUCGCGCAGACCUUCCCGACAAUGUGCGUGCGCUUUUGGCGGCGGGCGCAGACCCCACAGGCAUCCGCCUGUCCUAUCAGUCUGAUUACUCCGUGCGCUUCAUCCGCGGCCGCGAUGCGAAAACCGACAUGUCGAGCUUUGCCUUGUGUCCGCCGCGAGAGUCCAUCCUUGCCGUCGCCGCGGCGAAAGGCAUCCAGCAUCAGACCCAGCCCCUGACAACCGCCGAGCUGGACGAGCGCCGCUCUGGCUUUCCUCGCUUCUGGACGGAACCCAAUCUGCCGGGCCAACGAUUUCGCUCCACCAAGGCCUUGACAGCCCUAGAAGUCGCCGCAGCGUGCGGCCAAGAGCAAAUGUUCGACUGGAUCCGCGACGCUGGAGCGGAUGAAUCCGCCUGGACUCAGACUCAACCCCCAAAUGAAAGUGUCGACGACCGACUGUCUGGCCAGGAGGCAGCACCCCCAUCAUCGCUGUCGACCUCGUCACCCGUCCACGAAGCCAUCGCUGCAGGUGACCUCGUCAUGCUUCGCAAGCUGCUCCAUCAACAUCAAUACUCCCCAAACUACCGACCCCUGACCGCGGCGCCGACGCUGGCCCUUCCGCCACUCUCCUACGCUCUGGCCUGCUGUGAUCCAGGCGACCCCAAAAUCCGAGAGUGUAUCACAGAACUGCGAAACCACCCAGAUCUCGACCCUCACCUCCGCACCCCCAUCUUCGAAGUCCAUUUGCUCCAUUUCGCCGUCGCUCGUCACAGCCCAGCCCUUCUAUCCUGGCUUGCCCUGCUCCUCUCGUCUGCGGGAUCUACUGCCCUCGGACAGACACUGCUUCAUAUCGCCUCGCUGCCCCUGACAUCCGAGUCCAUCGAUCAAAACAACCCCGAUGUUGUCCGGAGCAUUCAUUGCGCCAGAACGCUCGAUCUCACCUGGUUACCGCAUCCCAGACCUAGUCCCUUGCACUUGCAGCCACGGCCGCCGUCCCGGCUCAACCCAGUGCGCCCUCGGGCGAGAACCCCAAUGACGCCCGCCGAGCAGGAAGCCCAGUUGGAUACCCUGCGCGUCCUCGUCGAUGCCGGCAUUGAUGUCCGCGCACAGGAUGUGGAUGGUAACACUGCCCUGCACUAUCUGGCGGCGACCUGGAAUGUCGACCCCCGCGCAAUGCAGUUGUUAAGAGACAUGGACGCCGGUGAGGAGGUUUACCAUCAUGCCUUGAAUCGGGAGGGCUUGUCACCGCGGGCCUUGUGGGAGAGUAAUACUUCCAGUAACUCGAUUUUGGAAGGAUAG